AUGAUACCUUUUUUCUUGGUCACAACUUGUCCCUUUAUGCAAAUGCCUCGUUCAGCCUCCAAACUUGUCGCACGAGCCCUGCUUUCGAAACUUCCCGCCAUGGAUGCAACCGAGAAAAUGACCCUUCCUCCAACGAUCCAAGGCUGGUCCAGUCGCGGUCGACUUGAGCAUAUCAAGCAAGACUGCCCUCAGUUUGGAGAACUGUCACAGUCUCAAAGAAUUCCCCGUCCUCCGAAUGCGUUCAUUCUAUUUCGCUCCGACCUGCUAAAGAAAGAGGCGACGAAGAAGUGUCCUCCCCACCAGCAAACUCUCAGUCGUCUAGCUGGCGAGAUGUGGAAUCUUCUGCCGCCUGACCAGAAACAGGAGUGGAAAGACCGAGCAAAGAAACAAAGUGAACUUCAUCGUCAGCAAUAUCCGUACUACUCUUUCAAGCCCGCUCGGCGUUCGCGAAAGGCCAAGUCUCGGGUCCCCAUGGAAAACAGCGAAGAUUAUAUUCGCAGUCUCCGUGAAGCUCACUUUGGAGAUCAGUUCAAAGGACCUUCAAUACGUCCUUCACGCAAAGGGAAGGAAGCACCAACCCGACAAGGGCCAACCGAUCCUGCCACCCCAGCUCCCUCGACGUUCAUGCCAACAGUUGACAUGCAAUGCUAUACUUGGGCGACCGCGCAGCUUGCUCCCAAUGAAAGUCCCUUAUCGACUCCCGCCAUCUCACCGCUAGAUGGCUCUUACUAUUCCUCAUUCCCGCCGACACAACCCAGCUAUGACGGGCCACCUCCAGUGGUUGCAUCUUACGAUCACCAUGACAUUAGUGCACCACUACCGUCCUUCUUUCCACAACACACCUACCAACACUUUGGACCUCCACAGGCCGACCCUCCUUGUCUUGAAGCACAGCGAAUCGAGGCCCCGCGCAGACCAUCCACUUCACUUGGCUUCAUCAACCGAUAUGAGCAAGCCGCUUCCUUUAAUACUUCAAUCGGCUUCGAGCGGCCUGCCUCUGCAGCUGGUUUUGUCCGCGAUGUACCAUUCAGCUUUGGGUCAAUAUCGAUGCCAACCACCCCUGGUAUCCGCUUGACUUUAGAUGACGAGGUGGACAGUCUUGUAAACCCUCCUUUCUAUGACGAGUUCGACCUCGGGGAUCUCAAUAAGCUGCCCGGCCUACCGGACCAGCAAUUUAUUGACCCUCACGUCAUUACCAACAAGAGCGGCGCCACUACGUGGGUUCCUGGUUAG